CCCCCAACUCCUCCAAAUACUCUCCCAGCAUGCUUAGCGGCGGGCGAAGGAAAAUGAAAACGGCCAUGUCGUGUUAGAGAGCAGAGCAGAGGAGGAAGACAGAGUCUGGGCCGCGGUCUCACGUUCAGCCACAUUUAAUGAAGCCUGAAAACUGAAGCUCUGGAAGAGUACACGUCCGACAGCUUAGUUGACAGGAGACGCAUUUCGUGGAAGGAAGUUUAGCAAAAGGAGGUCAAGAUGAGCGGAGGAGGGACCCCGUACAUCGGCAGCAAAAUUAGCCUAAUCUCCAAGGCCAAGAUUCGCUAUGAAGGAAUUUUAUACACCAUUGAUACCGAGAACUCGACCGUAGCUCUCGCUAAGGUUCGCUCCUUCGGCACCGAAGAUCGGCCCACUGACAGGCCCAUUCCACCGCGAGAGGAGGUGUUCGAGUACAUCAUCUUCCGAGGGAGUGAUAUUAAAGACCUAACCGUGUGCGAGCCACCCAAAUCCACUAGCACCCUGCCCCAGGACCCUGCCAUAGUUCAGUCAUCAGUUGGAUCCACCAAUGCUUCUACUGCAGCACCCCCAACAUCAUCAUUCCAGUCUGCUGGCUCCUAUGCUCCAUUCAGCAGGCCCCCUGUCCCACCUUACAGCCAGUUUGGCGUGACACCCCUCGCAGCUCAGCAGUAUGAAUCUUCUGCUGCUGCAGGAGGACGCACUAGUCCCCAGCUGGAUACUUUGGCAAAAAUUCCCAUCCUGAAGCAGGCAGUGCAGGCCCCACCCUCAACUGCCCCAGCUCCACCUGCACCUGUAGGACAGAGGAGUCACACAGGGUAUGCACCUCCCAUCAGAUCCACCAGCAGCGCCACUGGCAGCCAAAAACCCCCGGACCUCCUGGAGCAGCGAAGAGGACCUGAGGCCCUGAAAGUGUCCCAGCCUGAUAUUGAACAUGGUGCUCUUGAAAACAGGGAUCCCAACAGGCGUCAUGCUGGUGGUGCUCCGCCCCCCCGCCGCGGCCGUGGAAGAGGAAACCGCAGCAGAGGCAGAGUGAAUUUGCGCAGGGAUGGCACCAUGAAGUUUGAAGAAGACUUUGACUUUGAGACGGCCAACGCCCUGUUUCAAAAAGAUGAGAUCGACAAAGAGCUUCAGAAUAAACUCAAACUGAAAGAUGACAAGACUGAAAAGGCACUGAAUGGAGAGGAAACUCCUGAAACAGAACUUCCAGUCAAUGAGGGGCCGACUGAGGAGGAGGAUGCUUCGAUCAACUCAUGUUACUAUGACAAGUCCAAGUCCUUCUUCGACAACCUGGGCAAUGAUGAUCCAAGUAAAUCGGGUGAAAGAGGAUUUUCAAGGGAUCGAAGGCCAACCUGGGCAGAGGAGAGAAGAAUGAAUUCCGAGACGUUCGGCAUCCCCCUCAGGCACAAUCGUGGAAGGGGGGGUUUCCGUGGCCGAGGCUUCAUGGGGCCCCGUGGAGGCCGGGGGCGGCCAGUGAGCAGAGGUUCCUUUGGACCACCUCGGGGUCCCCCACCUGGUUUCAGAGGUGCAUUCAGGGGUGGCAGAGGAGGCCGGGAUUUCUCCGAUUUUGAAUACAGGAAGGAUAACAAAGUGGCUGCAUAGUACAACAGUGAUGGAUCCACAAAGAACUGUAGCCCUUCAUCAAGAAAUGAUUCCAGCUCAAGAAAUCUAUUUGGUCUCUACAUUUGACAGAAAGAAAAAUGAAGACAUCCUCUCAGUCACCAGCACAAGGUUCAACUGUUUGACAGCAGGGGGUGAGAGUGCCGAAGUUUAGUUUGAUAAGCAGCCAUCAGAUGGACAUGAUGUGUAAAUACCGUGCUUUGGAGUAAUGCUGUAUUUUUGCAUCGAUCAAGUUCAUUUCUUAUAGAAGGCAUCUUUGAUAUUGGAAGCUGUAUGCAGAAAGCCCACUGUUACUGUGAGCAGAUCACGCUUCAUGUGAUCCAUAGCUUUAUUUUUCAUUUUUCUUUCAGGUCUCUUAUAUAAUAUUUGUUGGCACCAAAUUUCAUUGCAUUGCCUGUUGCAACAUAGUUCUCUCUGUUCAGGUUUAGGUGGGUUGCCAUGUGUUCAGUGUUUUGUCCAUAAUUUUUUUUUUUACAUCAGUUUAUUCUGUAUGAAUUAGUGAGGUCAAAACCAGCUGAAAGAAAAAUCUAAAAAGAAUAAAUGAAUGUAUAUCUAGCUCAUCUUAUAUUUACGGUCCCCCAACCAAUCAUGGCUCAACAGGCGCACACACUCUUAGUUUGUAGAGACGUGCUCAGUAGAUAGAAUCAUUGGAUGAUGCUUUGAACCCUUAAACCUCCCACAUUCUAUGACGUCAUAGACCACGAGGAACCAGUCAUUUAAAUGAUGUAAGGGGUUUAACAGUGGUAGCUUUAGAAUUAUUUGUUAACUGUAGAGUUUUUUGAGCCGGUCUGGUUACAUAGUUGACUACAGAAUGAGCAUUCCAAUGAUUUGUGUCUGAAAAGAAAAUCAUCCAUUGCUAUUAACGCCUUUGGGACUUAUAAGGAAAGGAAGUCCUUGAGAUAAUUACUCCAAACGUGGCCAAGUUAGAUAUGGAUUAAAAUAUGGUCCCAACUUUUGCCAAAAAUAAGAUAAGGGUUGAGAUCAAAAUAAUUAUCAGCCGCUAUGUCGUAGUUUCUCAUUUUAGUGAUUCUUAAAUUUUCCAAUCUCGUCCCAAUGUUUACAAAUGUGGGUGUGCAAAUUAUUUGUAUUUGGAAAAACUUAAAGAAAAGAAGAUUGCAGGCCCCGUGGCAAUAGCUGCAAUAUCAUCUUAAUGGGCAACUGCGACAGUCCACAAACGGCCUUUUUCUAACCAAUAAAAUGCCCAAAUUGUUAUACUUGCAACAUUAUGUCUCACUCAACAAGAAGUUUUAUUCAAACUUCAGCAGCUCGCUGUCCCCCUGCUUGUGUCCCCUCUCUCUCCUCGUUCGCUAUUCAAUUUGUCCAUAUAUUCCGGCUAUAACGUGUAGGGAAGGGCAUCGAACUCUAAGAAAAAAAUGUGAAAAGAAACUUUUAGUGGAUCUUAUAUGGACUGUCUCAGUUUCCCAAUUAGAUUAUAUUGUAGCUAAUCUACUAAUUACCAUUAAUUUAGCACACCCACACUUAUAAACAGAACACCAGGUGGACAAAUCCCAGAAUUCCUCUUAACUUAACCUAUCUAUGUCCAAACAUACUGAGCCAUCAUCUCGUUUCUUUUUUAUUGACCGCAUCCUUCGUUUUACAGUUGGCUCAUCUACAAUGUUUUUGUUGUCUGUACAGUCAGUUGUUAUCCAGUGCAACACUAAGUACCUGCAGUGUUGUGACGAUUGUUUACUGAGGUGGAAAAUCUUGUAAAUGGAUGGAGUGGUGUCUCGGUACAGAUGACAGCAGAUCUCUGUUUGUAGCUCCUCUUGUUGCAUUGUCGUCAAUGUGAUCGUUCUCUGGAGUGAAUCUUAUUUUUUACAGACAUGUGAAUAAAGGGAUACGAACUGGAUGAGGUGCCAGUGCGUUGGGGGGGGGGGGGGGGGAUAAUUCUUUUUUCUUCUUGGCUCUGAUUUGAUAGUACUUUUGGGGAGUGUCUUCAAAGUGGUCGAUUUUUACAGCUCUCCCUUUAACUUAAAGGUUACACUCUGACUUAAGUAAUGAUAGCACUACACGCUGAGACAAGAACCUUCUAUUUAGCUGCGGCUGUUUCAAACAAAGCAGCCCAGUUAAAUCUGUGCUGUUUAACUGGAUAUUGCAGAUCACUGCAUGAUAGCCUUAGGAGCCACCACUUUAUAUGGGCUUUCGCAAUAACCAGCAACAUUGAAUUUGGAACAAUAAGUAUUACUGAGCAAUUCAAAACUGACAUGUUUUCAUAUGUUUGUUACUGCUUCACUGGAAUUGUAAACCAGGAAUCGUUUUCUUGAGAAAAUCAGCAAAAUUGAGUUUUUACAUCAAAUAAAGAGUUGUACAAUA